AUGGAUGUAGCUGUGAUCGAUUGGAAGGAUUUGAAGUUCGAAAAGGACAUACUUUAUGAAGACAUUAACGCUCCUCAAUGGAUUGAUUUCUCCAGUCAUGAUCCUCCUGUUGAUGAUGAAGCUCGGGGCAUUCACAAAGCGCCGUUGAAUUUUAGGGCCCGAGAAGCUGCAAUUGUAGCUGCACAUGGAAAAAUGGUAGAUUUCCAAAGAAGAAAGAAUGCAUUAAGAGGCACUGGAUUUUAUCAAAAGGCUCAUAUGGAGAUUAAAAAGGCAGAUGGAAAUGGAGCAGUUAUUGCUGAACAAGUAUUUGAAAACACCAAAACCAAAUUCUCCAUGUAUUGA